AUGACUACCGCCCAUAGACCUACGUUUGAUCCGGCCCGUGGCAAAGAAGCCCUCCGAGGCCCAGCCUACCAUCAACGCCUUCUCCCAGCCCACACCCAACUCAAAUAUCGUCAAGCCGGUCAAGGCGGCGAUGCUGACGAACCCACACGCGAUCUCGCUGCCGAGCUUCUCGCUGCUGAAGCCGCCCAUUUCACUAAGAAGAACGGCGCCCCUGCCCUCAUUGACGAUGCCGACGAGGACGACGAGACAAGCGCGUCUGGUGGCGCAAAGCGAGCGCUCCCAAGCGCCAAUGGUGAGGAGGAAGAUAUAGAGGCGAAGAGACGGCGGAUAUUGGCAGAAACAAGAGACAUCGAUGCCGACGACAGCGAAGAGGACGACGAUGAUGACAGCGACGACGACGACGAUAGCGAUGAUGACUCUGAUGCAGAGCUGCAGAGAGAGUUGGACCGUGUUCGAAGAGAGCGAGAAGAGAGGAAGAAGAAAGAGAGGAAGAGGCCCGAGAACGAGAUAUCGCCCUAG